UUUGGGAAUUGCUCUGCAGCAGUCUAACCAGUAAGCCAUUACUCACUCAUCUCGCGAACGCAGAAUCCGAAGAAAGCUUCAGAAGAAGAAGGAGAAGAAAGAUGAAGAAAAUCCCGGUGAUUCUCAUGGGUUGUGGAGGCGUUGGUCGCCAGCUCCUCGAUCACAUCGUCUCUUGCCGAUCUCUUCACGCCCUAAUGGGAGUUCAUUUGCAGGUCGUUGGUGUUUGCGAUAGUAAAUCUUUGGUCGUUCCAUCUGAUGUGUUCAAAGAGGAACUGAAUGACAAUGCCUUGUCUGAAGUUUGCCGUAUCAAAUCGGCUGGCUCUCCUUUAUCUGCAUUUGGUUCAUAUCAAGUGUUCACUGGUUCCGAAUCAAGAAGGAAAGCCAAAGAAAUUGCAGAACUUAUGGGUAAAUCUACAGGCUUGGCCUUUGUGGAUUGCUCAGCAAGCAUGGAUACAAUUGAAUUAUUGAUGAAGGCAGUUGAUUCGGGUUGUUGUAUCGUCCUGGCAAAUAAGAAGCCUCUUACUUCAACAAUGGAACAUUAUGAUAAGUUAGUGUUGCAUCCGCGUCGGAUCCGCCAUGAAUCUACUGUCGGUGCUGGCCUUCCUGUUAUAGCAUCUUUGAACCGCAUGAUUUCAUCUGGAGACCCCAUCCACAAAAUUGUUGGUAGUGUGAGUGGUACUUUGGGAUAUGUUAUGAGUGAGGUUGAAGAUGGGAAGCCAUUAAGCCAAGUUGUUAAGGCUGCUAAAAGCCUGGGGUACACAGAACCAGAUCCACGAGAUGACCUUGGUGGCAUGGAUGUUGCGAGAAAGGCUUUGAUUCUUGCUCGACUUCUCGGGAGGAGGAUCAAUAUGGACAGCAUAAAGGUAGAGAGCUUGUACCCUGAGGAGAUGGGACCUAACCAGUUGUCUGUUGAUGAUUUCCUUGCCGAUGGAAUAGCAAAACUCGAUAAGAAUAUCGAGGAGAGAGUUAAAAGGGCUUCAACGAAAGGGUGUGUUCUCCGUUACGUCUGCGUUAUCGAGGGCUCAAGUGUUGAGGUUGGCAUCCGAGAACUCCCUAAAGACUCGCCGUUGGGAAGACUCCGAGGGAGCGAUAAUAUCGUGGAGAUAUACAGCAGAUGCUACGAAGAGAAGCCAUUGGUGAUUCAAGGAGCUGGAGCUGGUAAUGUUACCACAGCUGCUGGCGUUCUUGCCGACAUUCUCGACUUGCAGGAUCUCUUCCCUUGAAAUGAAAAAAAAAAACUUUUUUUUUUCUCUCAAAACCAGAAGAAACCCCAUUUUCAGGGUUUCCAAUUUAAUAUAUUCAAAUGAGUUCGUAAUCGUAGGUCUUUAUUUAAAACAAUAUACGCCGUCGAAAUAAAAGGUAACACAAGCGGAAGACUCUGGUAUA